AGGGGCGGGCGUUGGCGGUUGUUGCGAGAUAUUUAUUGUGUAGAUUUGUACUGCUACUGACGACUUCGACUUACGUUAAGCUCGACCUUAUUCGCUCCGUUGCUUUAUGUUUAGAAGUCAAGCCCAUUUCCAUUCGUAAGUUACAGUCUCUCUACGUAGUCUCCUCGACGACACGUCCUUUUUCCUUUCAGGCACCGGAACAGCCGAUUUGGCUUCAACAUGAGCACCACUGUUUCAUCCUCCAUUAAUGAUGCACACCAGCCACUCUCGCUGAAUAAUGGAGUGCAGAAGCAGGACCAUCAGCAGUCGCAGAAACACCGCAUUGAUCUUCAUUUCCACAGGCAAAAAAAUCAACUUGAAAGCCUUUUCGGCCCUUUCUUCCUGAAAGAAGUAGAUUUGGACGCAGUGCGCGCAGACGGCAAUUGGCGUUCUGGGGCAGAAGUAGAUCUGGUUGAAAACUACAGUAGCGACGCAAAAACGUCUGUAGGAACAGAAUCUGAAGAAAAACAGGAUCGUGAAUCGUUUCAACAAUUUGAAUUUCCCACUACUUCGCCCCCAACCGCUUUUCCUUCCAUCGCUGUCUUCACGAACCAGCAGGAUGAGAAGGCAAAGGACCGCCGGUCCGCGCAGAUUGACUGCUUACUCAAGGCGUGCUUGUUGAGGGGAUACCUUACCGUCCCAGACUACUUUUUCAUCCAAUACGACUGUCCGCGUAAGGUCGUUGGCGACGGGGUUUUUCUGGAACAACGGUACCGCGGGUUUGACUUGCUGUUCGAGAAAUUUCUGGCUUCAAGUCACUUUGCCGGCAGAGCGGAUGCCGAAGCGUCUGCGUCGUUGCUCCAGCUAGACCUGAAAGCAGAUUAUCGCGAUCUUCUGCGAGAGGGGAAGUCCGAUGAAACGGAUCCGGAUGAUGUCACGAUGGCGACUACCCUCGAUUCUAGCGCAGGAGGAGAUGAUGGCACUAGCGCAAGACGAAGAAUAUCAUCUCCACGCGACCGCCAGCAGCUCCACACAGCCAGUCCCUUCGGCGUGUUCUACGAGCGGCACUUUGAAAGUUGUCUCCAACUCGUUUCGGAGCAGCAGGACCGUUGGCAGACCGCGUUCGAGGCGUUUCAGCCUCUCGUGGACGCACUGUACCCGGGUAAGGAGCAGAGGAAGAGCGUUCGCGUUUGGCAACCCUUUUACUCGGACGGCGAGUGCAAGAGCCACCUGGAGAGACUUGGCUUUCAAACGGUGUUUCACGACAGAGAAAAGGAUUUCUUCGAAGUUUGUUCGACAGCUGCGUCGUGGAUAGAAAAAAGCGUGGACUUAAUCCUCGACAACCCUCCCUGGACGACGUUGAAAAUGAAGAAACGGAUUCUGCGCGCCAUGGUAACCUUGAACAAGCCGUUUUGCUUGUUGACGCCGACAAACUUCCUGCAAGGGCCGUUGUUAAGGAGUGAACUGGGAAUCUUCCACGGCUUGGGGUCGGAGGGGAAAGAAAGUAGUUCAAGAUCAACAGUGCAAGUGUUGUUGCCGACGAAAGUACCUGCAAUUCCAGUAGUUAAUAUCACGUCCUCGAUAAUGCACGACAGGAAGAAAGACAAAGAUCAAGAUGUUGAUGUAAGUGCCACAAAACGAAAAGUCAUUCAGUGUAAAAAUUUAGCGUGGCUCUGUUUCCGAAUGAAUCUACCAAAAGAUCUCUACUUUAUUUGAUGGAAUUUGCACGGAAACAAUAACAAAGCGACCGAAAAAAGCGAAGAAAAUUUAAAAGUAUGUUUGAGUAGUACGAAAAAGGGAAAGCGAAAGACGACCGGAAAUUUUUUAUGCUUGACGAAAAAGUUUCUUCCUCAU